AUGGCUACUCCAAUGACAGGUAUAGUGGAAGUGAUGGAAGAGCUUGAGAGCAACGUCAGAUCAGAAAAUCCUACAGUAAACCUUCAGCUUGUUGUUCAUGUUUGCCGCCUCGGAGCUCAGUUUGUAACCUCCCUUGAUGGUGCAUUCAAGUUUGCUGCCGUUGAAGUUGAAAAUAAGGCCAAUGAUAUGGAAGAAGCUUACCAGAAAUACAACACGGUGGAGGUUAUGUUAGAUUAUGAAAUUACAAAUGGUCUCGCAAGAGAAAACAGCAGCCAUACAAGAUUCCAUCUCAGGAUGAAGCGCGCAUCAGAUCUACUAAGGGUCUUUUUCCAGGAAAUCCUUGCAAGAGAGGGAGAUUCUCUUGUUCCUCCACUUAAGAAAGCUUAUGAUGAGGUUUUUGGGGCAUACCAUGGGGAAAGCGUUAAGAUGGCUGUCUAUGUUGCCAUGGAAUUUAUGAUGGACAAAACUGACUUCUUAACAUUGAUUCAUGAUGAUGGUUAG